CUGCGCCGCACGUUACCGCGCAUUUUCCUCGUGUUUCCCCAAAAACAACGAAUAAAUAAGUGAUGCGAACAUUACUGACACACAAAUAAAUAUCGUAGUAAAUAAUUUUAUUAUGAAUCCAUGAACUUAACCAUGUGAGGCCAACAUUGAAAAAGUGAUCAUAAAGGAGAGCGUCGAAGUUUUGAACAGAAAUGAAAAAGGGAAAAGGUCACAAACCUGAUGAUUGCGUGCAACGUUGUGGAUGAAUUGCGAGGAUGGCGAACGCAACGGCGACGGACGCUUAUUGUGUGCCCGGUGCCACAAAUUUUAACAAAGCGUACAGUAGACUACAUGGCUACAUCGCCAUAGUUAUAUGUAUUAUUGGAUCUGCGACUAAUUCUAUUAACAUAGCAGUACUCAGCCGCCGGGAAAUGAUCAGUUCAACAAAUUCUAUUCUCACUGGCCUCGCUGUUGCAGAUCUCCUCGUGAUGCUGGAAUAUAUUCCCUAUGCUUUGCACAUGAACAUCAAAAUAGGACCACAAGUUAAUAAAAACACAUAUACUUGGGCAGUUUUUGUAUAUUUUCAUUCAAUUUUUAGUCAAACGUUUCAUACGAUAUCAAUCUGGCUAGCAGUAACUUUAGCAGUCUGGCGGUUUGUUGCUAUCGCUUACCCGCAAAGGAACAGAACCUGGUGUAGUAAAAAAAACACGACUCUAGCGAUAGUAAGCGCUUACAUAAUUUGUCCGUUCCUAUGUCUUCCGAUAUACUUUGCGAUGAAUAUAGUGCCGAGUGAAGUGACACCGCACAAUAAUUCAGAAUUCGCCGAAGACUUAUCUUUACCACAAAACCGGACGGUGUAUGUGUUAGAAAUGUCUAAAAACAAAGAAUUAGUGACUGCAAUCAUGUGGAUAUACAGUGUUAUUUUGAAACUCGUUCCUAGUAUCGCCUUGUCUGUACUGAGUACUUGUUUGAUAUCGAAGUUGACGUCAACAGAAAGAAGAAGGCAAAAGUUGCUGAAGAGAUCGACGAUCGGAUCCAAUGAGGCUGAGAAACAAUCGUUGGCUGACGAGUCAUCAGCGCGAAGGUCGAGCCGGACUGAUCGAACAACGAGGAUGUUGCUAGCGGUCCUUGGACUUUUUCUAUCAACCGAAGUACCUCAAGGUCUCUUAGGCCUUGCAAGCGCAUUAGCACCGGACUUUUUUAAAAGCUGCUACAGUAUGUUCGGUGACCUAAUGGAUGUGUUGGCACUAUUCACGUCUUCAGUGAACUUCGUGCUGUACUGUAGUAUGAGUAGGCAAUUCAGGUGUACCUUCGCUCGACUAGCUCGACGGAUGCUGUACGCAGCUGAAGAACCGGCCAAAUUCGGUACUAAGCUGGAACCCACAACGCAGGUCACCGGUCCGCUAUAGCGACCGAUCCCCGCCCUCACCAGGGUGGUGGAGAGUAUUAUAUAGAUUUAACAGGUUUAUCCCGCCCUCUAAUACUAUAGAGUAAGAUCGAUGGAAUAGGUGUAAUCUUUGUAAAAUAAUAUUAUUACUAUUACAAUUUUAAUCUUACCAUUUUUACCAGUACAUUAAGAUUAUAUAAUUAUCAAUAAUUAUAUUUAUUACUUGUAAAUUUUGUAAAGUGUGUUAUAUAAUUUCUUAUGUAUGUACAUACUCUGUGUAAGUUCUAGUUAUUGGGUCUUUUGAGCCGAGACGCAAAAACUAGAUGAAGUUAUAUUUAAAUUUAUAGUUAAAAAAUAUUUUAUUAUAAGCUAACCGUUGUUAGUUAAAUGUUAGGGUCCAAAAUGUGUUUUUUUAAUCAUAGGGUUGUAUACGUUAAAAAAGUGUAUUAUUAUUUUACAAUACUUUA